GCUAUUAGAAUAGCACCAAAUAACUUUUGUUUAGAAAGGAAAGGCAAGGAAGGAGACUGUGCCCGUCGAGACUCUGUCCCUGCAAAUUCUCUCUCUACCUCUGUACGUCUCUCUUCGCCACUAAUCCAAUCCCAUCCUCUCUCUCUCUCUCUCUAGAUAGAAUCAAUCACCGAGCAAGCAAAGCGAUAGCCAUGUACAACAAUGCAGAGGAAGAGUCUCCAAUCCAGCCCCUCCUCCCUCAUCACUACCUCCGUCGAUCAGCCUCCAACACCACCUCUCAGCUAGCGAUCGUCGGCUCAAACCUCUGCCCCAUCGAAAGCCUAGACUACGAGAUUGUAGAGAACGAUUUCUUCAAGCAAGACUGGAGGAGUCGGAGCAAGAUCCAAAUAUGCCAGUACAUAUUCAUGAAGUGGACUCUCUGUUUCGCUAUCGGAAUCGUUGUCGGUCUCGUCGGUUUCACCAACAAUCUCGCCGUCGAGAACGUUGCUGGCUAUAAGUUCGUCGUCACUUCCGACAUGAUGUUGGCUAGAAAGUUUCUGGCGGCGUUUCUUGUUUUUACUGCCUCAAAUUUUGUUCUCACCUUGUUCUCUAGUAUAAUGACGGCGUUGAUAUCGCCGGAGGCUGCUGGUUCGGGUAUACCUGAAGUCAAAGCCUACUUGAAUGGCGUAGACGCCCCGGGAAUAUUUUCUCUACGGACUCUGCUUGUUAAGAUCAUUGGUAGCAUUUCUGCCGUGGCAUCAUCUCUUCAUAUUGGAAAGGCAGGGCCCAUGGUGCAUACUGGUGCAUGUGUUGCAGCGUUAAUGGGUCAGGGUGGGUCAAAGAAAUACAGGUUGACAUGGAAAUGGUUACAGUUUUUUAAGAAUGACCGAGACCGACGAGAUCUUGUAACAUGUGGAUCAGCUGCUGGAAUAGCUGCUGCUUUUCGUGCCCCAGUUGGUGGUGUGUUGUUCGCUCUUGAAGAAAUGGCAUCAUGGUGGAGAGGUGCCCUUUUAUGGAGAGCUUUUUUCACAACAGCAGUUGUUGCAAUUGUGCUUCGGGCUCUGAUUGAUUUUUGCUUUACUGGCAAAUGUGGGCUAUUCGGCACUGGGGGUCUUAUAAUGUUUGAUGUCACUUCAGCAAAUGUUACAUAUCACCUUGUGGAUGUACCUCCUGUUUUUCUUCUUGGCGUGAUAGGGGGCAUAUUGGGAGGUUUAUACAAUUUUCUUUUAGAAAAGGUUCUCCGGAUUUACAGUCUAAUUAAUGAGAAAGGCUCUGCUUACAAAAUACUUCUUGCCUGUUCAAUUUCGAUUUUUACAUCGUGUCUUUUAUUUGGAUUACCGUGGCUUGCAUCUUGCCAGACUUGCCCAAUUGAUGCUACAGAAGCUUGCCCAACAAUUGGUCGGUCUGGAAACUACAAGAAGUUCCAAUGCCCUCCAAAUCACUACAAUGAUCUUGCCAGCCUCAUUUUCAACACAAAUGAUGAUGCAAUCAAAAACCUAUUCAGCAAGAACACCGACGCUGAGUUCCACUUAUCAUCUAUGUUCAUAUUCUUCGUCACCUGCUUUUUCCUCAGUAUCAUAAGCUAUGGGAUCGUGGCUCCUACUGGUCUCUUUAUACCUGUUAUCUUGAUUGGUGCAUCUUAUGGACGUUUAGUUGGAAUGCUAAUUGGUUCACGUUCAAAUCUUAACCACGGCCUUUUUGCUGUCCUGGGUUCUGCUUCACUUCUUGGUGGAUCUAUGAGGAUGACAGUUUCCUUGUGUGUUAUUAUCCUAGAAUUGACCAAUAAUCUAUUACUUCUACCCCUCAUAAUGCUGGUUCUUCUAGUUUCAAAGACUAUAGCUGAUGGGUUCAAUAGAAAUAUUUACGACCUUAUAAUGAAAUUGAAGGGUUUUCCUUACCUAAAAGCUCAUGCUGAGCCGUACAUGAGACAAUUGACAGUGGGUGACGUGGUCACAGGUCCACUUCAGCUCUUUAAUGGCAUCGAGAAGGUUAGUAACAUUGUACACGUUCUCAGAACUACAAGGCACAAUGGGUUUCCUGUGAUAGAUGAGCGUCCGCUUUCUGUAUCUCCAGUUCUGUUUGGUUUGGUCCUCCGUGCCCAUCUAAUCACGUUACUAAAGAAAAAAGCUUUCUUGCUAACUCCAGUACCAACAGGCACUGAUGACUUUAAUCAAUUCACAGCAGUGGAUUUUGCAAAGAAGGGUUUGGGUAAUGGUGACAAAAUAGAAGAUAUAGAAUUGACUGAGGAAGAGAUGGAGAUGUUUGUUGAUUUGCAUCCUUUUACUAAUGCUUCCCCAUAUACUGUUGUGGAGACAAUGUCAUUGGCAAAGGCUUUCAUACUUUUCCGAGAAGUUGGUUUAAGGCACCUGUUGGUUAUCCCUAAAUUUUCUAGUAGAUUGCCAGUGGUGGGUAUAUUGACGAGGCAUGAUUUCAUGCCGGAACAUAUCUUGGGUAUGCAUCCUUCGUUGAUAAACAGGUGGAAAAGAUUAAGAAUUCAGUUUCCUUGUUGGGAUAAAAUCUUUUAGGCCAUCCAUUUCAACCAAGCACUUGAAGUGGCCUUGGAAUCAAGUUUGUAAAUACAUUCUUAUGGAGCUGUACAAUAUUAUGAAAUCACAUUCGGGAUUGCUACUGUGCUCUUUCUCAAUUUCGCAUUAUGAAAUCCAGAGCUGGAGAGGGAUCAUAUUUAGGAGACAACCACCUAACUUAUAUCCGGAUGCAUUUGGUAAGUCCGACUGAAAUGAUGAUAUGAGUUACUUUCUUAUAUGGAUGACAGAUUUUGCUCUAGUCUAGUUUUUGUAGUUUGUAGUACACGGUCAAUAACAAAUGCUCCGUUGAGAAUGUUGAGCAAUUUUUAUGUUGCAGUAUUGAUAGACUAAUCAAUUUCUGUACGAGGACGAAUCCAUAAACUCGAACUGAAAUGUGCAGAGAUGCCAGAAAGAGGUAUAUGGAUUAGGGUUUUACUACUACUUUAUGAUAUGCUAGCGAGGAGGCCGCAUGCUAGCUAGUGCCCUUUACAUUUUUGUUUAAAGUUCCAAUUUGUAAAUGUAUUAAAGCUGGAAUAAAAAAGAGAUGAGAAUAAAUUGUGAUUAUCA